AUGUUUGGUAAGUUUCAAACUUCAAUUAUUAUUUUAAAAGAAAUAGUACAACAACUAUAUGAUAAAGUCAUUAAAAUUAAUACAGAUAAAUAUAUAGAAAAUGAAUUAAUCAAUAUUGAUUUUGAAUCUAAUAUUUCUUUUGAAGAUUUUGAAAAUGAUCCAAAAGAAUAA